AUGGAAAGAAAUGUCACUUACCUUUUAAUAGUGUCCUGCCUAUUACGUCUGGCAUUUUUCAGUUAUGGUAUAUAUCAGGAUUCUCAUUUUAAAGUGAAAUAUACAGAUAUUGAUUACCAUGUGUUCAAUGAUGCAGGCCAUUACGUCUUUAAUGGCAUGUCCCCUUACUUAAGAGAAACUUAUCGUUAUACACCCCUAUUAAGUUGGUUAUUUACAAUUAAUCAUUAUUUUAAUAAUUUCCAUCUAUCAAAACUAAUCUUUGUCGUGUUCGAUGUAUUGACUGGUGUAGUCAUACUGCACUUAUUACCAAGUAAACUACCAACAACAAAGAAAAUAAAAUUAGCAUCAUUAUGGUUAUUGAACCCUAUGGUCAUCACGAUUAGUACUAGAGGAAAUGCCGAAACUAUAUUAUGUUUUUUGAUUAUGUUAACUAUUUUAACUUUGAAAAAUAAACAAUUUUUGAUUAGUUCCUUAUUAUUUGGACUCUGCAUCCAUUUCAAGAUCUAUCCCAUCAUUUAUGCAUUACCAAUCACAAUAUAUCUUUUCUAUUCCUUGAAGGAAAAUAAAUAUGUUAUCAUAUUCAAUUAUGGAUUAAUGACAUUAGUGACUAUCAUCAUACUUAACGUGUUGAUGUUCCACAUGUAUGGCUUUGAAUUCCUGGACCAAACAUACUUAUACCACAUAUAUCGCUUUGAUCAUAGACACAAUUUCUCAAUUUGGAAUCAACUAUUAUAUUUAGAUUCCGCAUUGACUACCGCAAGUAACAACAACAUAUCAUCCUCCUUAUCAAAAUAUGCAUUCAUCCCUCAGAUCGGUAUGGUCAUCUUGAUAGGUCUCUACAACCUAUGGAUACCUGAUUUCAAGACUAUCACCAAAAAGCGCGCUAGACAUUUACGUGUUCUAUGCAAUGUCCUAUUUAUUCAAACGUUUGCAUUCGUUACGUUCAAUAAAGUUUGCACUUCCCAAUACUUCAUCUGGUAUCUAAUCUUUUUACCAUUUUAUUGCGAGGGAUCACAAUUGUCUCUUUUGAGACUAUGCACAAUGCUGGCAAUAUGGAUCGGAUCACAGGCCGCAUGGUUAAAUGAAGGUUAUAAACUGGAGUUUCUAGGCAAAAAUGUGUUUUAUCCAGGUUUAUUCAUUGGGAAUGUCAUUUUCUUCUUGGGAAACUCAUGGAUCCUGGGCCAAUUCAUAUCUGAUUUGAGAUCUAGACAUUAUGCUUCCAAGAAGGCUAAGACUUUGUCGCAUCGUGAAGCAGUAUCCAAACAACAACCACACACUACUUCUUGA